AUGAAGCUAAUGGUCUGCGGCAUAUCCCCUGGAAGUGAUGGCUGCCAAAGAGAAGCUAGAUGCUGCACCAAACUGUUUCAUGCUGCUGAAUUCGUGCAAAAGCAUAUCAAGUUGAAACACACUGAGCUCGUGGUGGACCUGACUGCGAAAGUGCGGGAAGAGCUAUAUUUUCAGAACUAUAUGAAUGAUCCCGAUGCUCCAGGAGGACAGCCACCCACACAGCUACCUGGCCCGAGAGAUAGACCUAUGAUGAGACGUAAACCAAGCAUGGAGAGCAGAUUGAGGGAUGAUCGAGGUGUUCGCAGAGAGGAAGAGGGACGGGAGAGGUGGUGGUGUCCUAACGGUGUGAAUUCCAAGGAAUGUGGGGGUUACGGUGCAUUUGAUGGGCAAGGCGGUGUUCAUGUUCCUUCCCACUCGUCGGAUGUAAACCCACCACCAGUACUGAUGCCUGUUCCUGGUGUCGGGGACCCAAGUGGACCCAACCCUACUUUUGAAGGUGGUGGCAGAGGUGGACCGGCCCCUUUUCUUUUGUCUCCAGCCUUUAGACAGGAUCCUAGACGGCUACGCAGUUAUCAAGACCUAGAUGCUCCAGAAGAGGAAGUAACCGUCAUUGAUUACAGGAACUUGUAG